GUGAGUUUCGUGGGUGGAAAUGACAUCAGGGUGAAUGGAGACGGUGUUAAUUUUGUUGAAUAGGAUUUCACCACUUACUCUAAUUAAAAUACCAGCCGUAGUUUACCCUCUCCUGACAUCACUGUUUAUCGAAAAUAAAUCGUAAAGGUUGCGCACGGUGAGAGAAAGAACAUGAAGAUGAUACGACGUUGUAAAACUUUAUUAGAGACGUACAACUUCCGAGCUCUGGACCUGCAUCGUUCGUUAGCCGAAAGUCCAAGGAUGUAUUUAAAACGCAGUUUUUUUGCUGCUACCUCGUCAUGUGCAUAUGACCCAAAGGUUGAUUUAUUGUCUCAAGAACAGAGGAGAAUGAGUUUUGAUACCCAUGCUUUAGUCCUGGAGCUGCAAAGUAAUGGUUUUUCAAAAGAGCAAGCAGAGGCUAUAGUAACAAUAUUAGCAAAUAUAACCAAUGCAAAUAUGGAAUCUACAUACAGGGAUUUGGUAACUAAAGCACAACAGGAAAUAAUGCUGCAUCAAAUCAUGGCCCAUUUAGACUCAAUAAGAAAGGAUAUGGUUAUUCUUGAGAAAAGUGAAUUUUCAAGCCUGAGGAUGGAAAAUGAGAAAAUAAAAAUUGAAUUGGAACACGUGAAACAACAGCUAAUGGAUGAAGUUAAGAAAAUCAGAAAUGAUACAAAACUGGACAUGAACUUGGAGAAAAGCAGAAUCAUGGACUCGUUUAGAGAGCAAGAGAAGCAGUUAAUGACAUCUAGAAAUGAAUUUACUGAAAUGAAUUCAGACACUGACCGUGCAAUAACUGAAACAAACAAAAAAAUUGACACAGAUGUGGCUUCACUUAAGACCAUGUUGGAAUCUCUUAAACUGGAAACAAUGAGAUAUCUUGCAGCAUCUGUCUUCACGUGCCUAGCAAUAGCCUUGGGAUUUUAUCGCUUAUGGCAAAAAUAGAAGAUGAGAUGUGACCUUCAGCAAUGACUCGGAAGAAAUUCUUGAAAUGGAUCCCUUCACAAUCAUCCUGAAAAUUUCCCAAUAAUACAUUAGGAUUAUUCCUCAAUUGGGAGAGAACAUCAGAGAUCAUAAUGGUUCAGUUGCAGUAAUUUGAGGAGGUAUCAAUGGAGUAUUAUUAUUAUUAUUCUUACAGAUUAUUCCAAAACAGUGUAGUAGUAGAGUACAAAUCUCUCUCACUGUUAGGACCAUAAGAUAGCAGAGCAGUAUUUGGCCAUUUGGCCCAUCAAGUCUGCUUCGCCAUUCCACCAUGGCCAAUCCAUCAUCCCUCUCAAGCCAGUUCUCCUGCCUACUCCCUGCAACCUUUUCAUGUCGUGACUAAGCAAGAACCUAUCAACCUUUGUCUUAAAUAUACCCAGUGACUGGCAUGCACAGUUGUUUCUGACAAUUAAUUCCACAGAUUCCCCACCCUCUGGCUAAAGAGGUUUUUCCUCAUCCUUAUUCAAAUUGAUGUCUUUCAAUCCUGAGGCUGUGACCUCUAGUCCUAGACUUCCCCCACUACAGGAAACAUCCUCUCCACAUCCACUUUAUCCAGACCUUUCAAUAUUUGAUAGGUUUCAAAAACAUCCCUCCUCAUUCAUCGAAACUCCAACAAGUGGAUGCUCAGAGCCAUCAAACACUGCUCAUGCGUUAAACCUUCCAUUCUUGGGAUUAUUCCUGUGAACCUCUGCUGGACCUUCUCCAAUGCAAUCACAUCUUUUUUUAGAUAAGGGAUCCAAAACUGCUGACAAGUGCGGUCCAAACAAUGCCUUUUAAAGCCUAAACAUUAUAUCCUUGCUUUGGUAUUUUAGUACUCUCAAAGUGAAUGCUAACAUUGCAUUUGCCUUUCUUACCACCAACUCAAGCUGAAAGGUAACCUCUAGGGAAUUUUGCAUGAGAACUCCCAAUUCCCUCUACACCUCUGAUUUUUGAAUUUUCUCCCCAUUUAGAAAAUAGUCCACACCUUUAUAUCUUGUGACAAAGUGCAUGACUAUGCACUUCCCUAUAUUAUAUUACAAUUGCCACUUAUGAUUUUAAAGUCCUGGGUGAAGUUUUUGCAUAUUAAUAGUACGUUGCCUGAUCCAAGUGGGCUUUUGGCACAAGAUUGUAUUUUUUUGCAGCUUAUUUAAGUGCAUAUAAAUGUGUUGAGCAUAGUGGGUGCUUUAUUAAGGCUGGAUACCUUGGUAUUUGUGUAUUUUUUUUAUCUUGCACAGCAGUGAUGCUGAUGCUAGAAAUGAAGUGUUUUUUGUAUUUUGUUUUGUUUCAAAAGUACUACACAAUAACAAGAAUGGAUAGGCCAGUAUGUAGCAACAGUUGCCAUGUAACCAUGGAAACAACUACAGCAUGGGUUGAAACAACCAGUUACCUUGCUGCAAGGCAUUUGUUUAUUAAAUGGAUUUCUAAUACUCUUGAGAAAUGGCAGCACUUAAACUGUAUUCUUCAGAGAAUGGACAGUUAGAUCAAAGUCAGUAAUUUUUGUGGAGAAACUAUCAUGGUAAAUAUCUUCUGGAAUAAUUAUUUCAAAGGCUCAUUUUAUUAUCAGAGUAUGUAUACAACUCUGAGAUGCAUCUUCAUAUCACUGUGGAGAAGAUAUUUCAGUCAUAUCACGGAGUCCUGCUGAAGAGUUCGGGCCUGCAACGUUGACUGCUCUUUUCCGAGAUGCUGCCUGGCGUGCUGAGUUCCUCAGCAUUUUGUGUGUGAACAUAGAACAUUGAAAUUUGCAGCACAUUACAGGCAUGUCUUGCCCAGAUUUCCAGCGUCCGCAGAUUUUCUCUUGUUAGUUAUAUCACUAUGUUUACUUUUGACACCCAAGAUAAAUGCUGCUUUUGAACAUGUUCUUUUAAAUAUUAAAUAAGUCAGGAAAACCAGACACUGAAGAAGAAUUAAAGGGAGAGAUUGAAGACCACAGUUUCCGGGUCUGCCACUAUUUCUAUUCAUUUGGACACAGUGCAGUGAAUGUGCGUAGAAUGACCCGUACAUGACACAACAGUCCUGGCUAAGAUAAGCUGUCUGGAACAUGUGGACACCCCAAGGCAGGAGCUGACUAAAUUGUGUUAAUUAGACUCUUUUACAAAAGAUACACAAGUACACAUUUGAAUGCUUCCUCACCACCACUGUUAUAAUCGAGUGGCAGAAACUACUAAUGCCUCCUUUUGCAUUUCUGUAUUUUCAACUUACUUGUUUGAAUGAACUUGUCUCAAGGAUCAUAAUGAAGCUGAAUUUCUUUCAUGUAAUUUUUUUCUAUUCAACAAGGACCAAUGGUAGACAGCUUCACUCAAAUUGAUCUGAAGGUCUAAAGAGCUCAGGCUAAUGAACAAAAGUUAUCACAGAUCAGUGUUCAUCAAAGCUCUUCACUACAUCUCCCAAAAUCUUUGUGCCUCCGCACCUGCCUCUCAUUGUUUGUGAUGCUUUCUCUCCUGGGAUUUUAUUUGCAAAAAUAGUGUACUGUAUAAAGUGAAGUGUUUCAGAACAUGUUCCUUUAAAAUGUUCUAAAAUUUGCACUGUACCCCAUUCAAGAACAAAUAUUCAACAGGAAUUUCCAUUCAAAUUUGCUGCUGUAAAGUUGGUUACUUAAGUUACCUUGUUGCAUUAUUAUGGAUGAACCCAAGAGCAGCUAUGUGCUGUAACAUAGAAGGAAGUAGAUUCCAUCUCAGUAUGUAAACUCUGACAAUGAGAUUUAGGUCAUUGCCAUUAUACCUAUGGAAAUGGUCUGUAACACAUUCACAUAUGGUCCUCAUUCAUUUUCCACUAUGUCCUAGGAUAUAAACACAUAAUUAUGGCUUCAGUUCUCCACUUUGAGGAAUAGUGGCUGCCUGCCAUAACACAUUUGCUAAUGUAUUCAAUCCUAGUUUAUCAGCAUUGGCGUUGCAGCCAAAUUGAGAAACACUGAAGAAAUAUAGAUUUAUAUUCUGUAAGGCUGUGUGUGUGGCUAGUCACUGCAGCUCCCCACCUUUGAAAACCUAGAUGUUAUCCUUGUUUGUAACAUUCUUCCAUUCAAAUUAACUUUGAUAUCUAUUGUACUCACGUGCAGUGAUAGGAUUUUCAAUGCUGCGACUGCUGGCUUGCCCUAUUGUGAUUGGACAUUACAGUUCUACUGUCUUACCACCAGGUGGCUCUACGUCACAGGUUUACUAAGUAGUUUUUAUAUAAUAAGCUCAAGAGUAUCAAUGUCAUCACAUGAGUAUUUCAGUAUAUGAGUGGAUUUUAUUUCAGGACUAACUUAAUUUUCCCUGCCACCUGUUAGUUAUACUAUGUAGGGUCUAUCACUUCUCAAUUCAGGCAAGCUGUGGGCCAGGAUUACACAACAUAUGACCCACGGGUCACAUCCAGUUACCCUGGAGACCAAGGCUGAGUAAACAGAUCAUCCCAGUGGUCUACUGGCAUGCAGUUCACCCUGUUCCUGUGUGGAAAGCUGUGUUGUUUGAGUUAGUUAAAUAAAGCAGCCUUGUGCAUACUUGAUCUCUUUUAGCCAACACAUAGAACUUGAUUGUAGAAUUUUUUCUAGUAAGAGUUGAAAGUGAUGGAAGCACUCUGAAUAAAUGGAAUCUGUGGACCGAGAAAUAGAAUUAAUACAUCAGGUCAAUAGCCUUUCCCCUCAGAGUGCCCGACCUGAAAAUCUGUUUAGCUCACCCAUCAGAUACUGCCUGAUUUGCCAAGUAUUUCAGCCUUUUACUUUUCACCUGCCUAUUACUUUCCCCUGGGUCUCCCCCUCCUUCCCUUUCUCCUGUGGUCCACUCUCCUCUCCUAUCAGAUUCUUUCUUCUCCAGCCCUUGACUUUCCCCACCCACUUGGCUUCACUUAUCACUUUCCAGCUAGCCUCUUUCCCCUCCCCCCGCAUUUGUAUUCUGGCAUCUUCCCCUUUCCUUCUCAGUCCUGAUGAAGGGUCUCAGCCCAAAAUGUUUAUUCAUUUCCAAAGAUGCUGCCUGGCCUGCUGAGUUCCUCCAGCAAUUUGUGUGUGUUACUCAGAUUUUUUCUUAUUUGGGAUCUGUUCAGUGGUUCGAUUUGGAAACACAAAGAUAAAGGUGUUUUUUCUGUGUUCAGACAAUUGGUCUGAUA